AUGAGACUGAAUACGCGGGUAGGUGCUGCCCAACGCAAGGCUUUGAGCCCUAGUCGACAACGAAUGAGCACGGAAAUAUACCGCAGCAUCCUCAUUCAUUUGAAGUCAUUACACAGAUCGUAAAGGUGUCACCCCCACUGAUAACCUACAGCAGCUGGAGGAGAAGGGUGGCUCGGAUACCAGCUCAGAUCCUGUCAAAACCUGAGCCAAACACAGAUUCUCAGCCUUGGCCAGGAACAAAGGAGCAGCGACAAGGCUUUUCCCCACAAUCCUCCAGUGCUCCCUCCCGGCUGGCAGAGCCUGAAGGGGUGUGCUGACACUGACUGGAGCUGAGUGCUCUCUUUUCCUGCCGUGCGGGGCCUGGCUGCGUGAAGGGAGCGGGGGCUAAUUAAUGAGCUGUGAGUAUGAGGCCUCACUGCUGACAGCCAGUGGAGACAGGAUUAAGAGUUCGGUCAUCUGGCUUGAUGUGUGUGCCUCCAGACUGCCCCUUGACGAGAGUCCACUGCGGAAUCCACCAUGGCGUCCGCCGAGAGACCAGCAGAGAUGCCCACCGAGACGCUGCAGGCAGAUAGCAAGCCUGCCAGCCAGGGUGGGGCCUUUGCCUCCACAGUCCCGCUCCGCAUCCUCAACAAGGGGCCCGACUACUUCCGCCGCCAGACCGAGCCCAACCCCAAGCGGCUGAGUGCCGUGGAACGGCUAGAGGCUGACAAGGCCAAGUACGUGAAGAGCCAGGAGGUUAUCAAUGCUAAGCAGGAACCCAUCAAGCCACAGGUACUGGUCAAGCCCCCUAUCUGCCCUGUUCCCGUAAAGAGGAGUGGUGUGGGAUCAGGCCUGAAGGUCUCCAACAACAACGCCAAGUCAGACACCUGCGCUACCACCAGCAAACGGGAGAACCUCAACCUGGAGAUCUUGAAGAACAUCCUGAACAGUUCCUCAUCCGAGGGGCCUGGCAAGGGGACAUCGCACAAAGUCGGGGCGCGGAGCUGGGCGCCACAUCGCUCCUCAGAGUUGUCAGAACCUGGAUAUCGUUCCUUUACUGAGUCACUUAAGGUACCAUCCUCUACACAAGGUCGACGCAGUCCACAGGGAGGCAACUUGAACCUGAGUCGCAGGCUGCUGGAGGAAAGGUCAUGUGAGGUGGAUGGGGAGCGCUCGCCACUACACGCCUCUCAUAGCUCCUCAGACAUUUGCCGCAUGUGCAAUGGCAAGCCACUCAGAGCGGCCCGCAGCAGCAGCUCUUCUGCACCACCACUGCCACCCAAGCCCAGCGCCAAGGCCUUGGCUGCUUGUGACAAUGCUCCCCACUCUUCUGAAAGAGAGACAUUGCCCAGCACUGCCACAGAACUGGAGCUUGAGUUGGGCAGUUCUGUUGUCCGCAGGCCCUCUCUGCACCGCUCCAAGUCUGACCUGAGUGACCGCUAUGCUCGGGCUGGUGCAGACGUAGAGCGCUUCUUCAACUAUUGUGGGCUGGAUCCUGAGGAGCUGGAGAGUGUAGGUGUGGAGAGCUUUGCCCGUGCGAACUCUGACAUCGUCUCACUCAACUUCCGUAGUGCCAGCAUGAUCAGCUCGGACUGUGAGCAGUCGCGGCAUAGCAACGACGGGUUAAGCGACGAAGAAGACGAGGCUGGUGAGCGCGUUCCCUAUGGAAUUUCAGCUGUGGAGCGGAACGCACGGGUUAUUAAGUGGCUCUACAGCAUCAAGCAGGCACGGGAAUCUCAGAAAGUCUCCCAUGUUUAAAAGUAGCAACCCCUCCCCUUCCCCAUCUGAACUGGUACCUGCUUAUUUUUUAAAUCCAUGCACUGUCUUUCUUGAAGGAUUAAAUGGCAAAGCCUUUUAAGUUGACGGCUCUUUUUAGUCGCUUUUUGCAUUCAGUGUUCGUUGUCUUCUGAAUCUGCAUGGCUCUUUAGACACUCGACAUCCUUGCGACCUCCAGGUAUACAGCCCACAUAGGAGCCUCUUUAAAGAUGAUUGCAUCAACGCCAGCUCUGCAGAGAACAACUCAUAUUUCCUUUUCCUUUUUCUUAUUCUGUUUUUUUUUUUUUUUGUCAAACUGAUGUUAUGAUGCCAGCUCCUUUAAGGUGCUUCUUAUUUCACUAGGGCACACUAAGCCAGGAAGCCAUAUUGGUAUGAAUGCAGAGCUGCAGUGUGUUUAUACUUCUUUUGAUUCUCUCUCUCUCUCUCUCUCUCUCUCUUUCUUUUGACAUAUUUUUAUGAUGGAUACGAGCUGUAUGUAUAUAACCCUCUGUGAAUAGGCCCAGCGGAAGCAUGUUUUAGUCUGUUCUCAAGAUCUCCCCUGCCCGACUUCUCUCGGUCAGCCUUGCACUGGUCUCAUUGUUCCAGCAGUAUCAUAACACCAUUUUGCUUUAAUUUUGGUUUGUUUUCACUUUGUCAUCCAUAAAGUUCCUGUUUGGCGGUUGAUUAUUUUUAUGGUACAGUUGUUUCGAAAGGUGUAAAUGCUGUAAGAAUAUGUAUAUAAAUUUCAGAGUUGUUAGGCAUUGUGUGAUAACGAGUCUGCUAUGCUCCACCAUAGCUCUUGGUCUGUUUGUUCCCCUCUCUGGGCUUGCAUCAUGAGGCUCUGUGAGAUUUUGUCCAUGAUCAAAUCUGUACAACACUGUAGUUACAAUUACAUAUAUGUUCAGUAUAUUGAAGUUUGAGCUAUUACUUAAAAAAUGUCAUCAGGACAUUUGUUCACAUUCAGUUCUUAUUCAUUUCAAUAAAUGGCUGAUUUUGCCAACUUUUGCCAUCAACCUCAAAAGUUUCAUUGUCUUUUUCUGAGAUAUUUUGAUGAAAAAUGCUCUAUGUAUGUGGUGUUUCUGAAAGGAAUAGUUCAAUCAGAAAUGAAAGUGCUUUCUUCUUUACUCACCCUCAUGUCAUUCCAAACCCAAAUGACUUUCUUUCCUCCUUAUAACACAAAUUAACAUUUUAUGAACAAUGUUCGUGGUGCUCUUUUCCAUAAAAGAGCAGUCACCAGAGACUGUCAAGCUCCAAAAAUGGCCAAAAAACAAACAAACAAAAACAAACAAACAAAAAACGCCAUAAAGUGGUCCACAUGACUUGGGCGCUAUAUUUCAAGACUUAUGAAGCCAUAUGACAGCUUUGUGUAAGUAGCAAAAUGAAAUUUAAGUAGCUAUUCACUGAUAAUCUUGCAGUAGCUAAAAAAAAUAGCAUUUUAUCCUUUUUGGACUUUACAGCCCCUGGUCAUAAUAUGCUUUCUUUGAGUGUAAAUGAGCAAUUUGAGUAUUCUUGUAAAUAUCUUAUUUUGUGUUCCAUGAAUGAAAGGAAGUCACACAGGUUUGGAACAACAUUAAUUAUGUUUUCUUUUUUGGGUGAACCAUUCCUUCAGUCCUGUAGAGUGAUUUUGAUCCAUGCCAGCACAGUGGACAGAGAGUGGUGGAAAAAUCUCAAAGGCCAGUCAUGUGUCCCUCUUAUGGCUGACUCUGAGAAAACAGCUGUCAAGUCUUAUAAUAUUAUACCUUCCAUCUUUUUCAUAUGGAUCUUUGUUUUGUCUUUAAACUGGUUUAAACUUUAAACUACAAUGCUGUUGUAGCCCUUGUCUUUGUGUUUUUUUUUUUUUUUUUUGCAAAAUAUAGCUGCCUGCAGGAGGCUAGGUAUCUUUUAAUGUAGUCAUUUGUGCUGCCUGCUUUCUCAGGGCAAGAGGAAAUGAUCUAAUUCAUGACAAAUGUUUAGAAAGGCCAGACCGCUGCACUAGAGGCCCCCUCGCUCCCUAGAGCACCUAACUUACUCCAAAAUACAAGUGCAACAGAUCCACAGGUCACAAGUUGGAACAGUUACGUGAAACCUUGUUUUCAUCCACUUUGCUCCACAGCGUAGAUGUAGAGACAAGACUUUCAGCGUGAUGCUAUCAACAGCACUGAAUUAUUAGAGGUGUUUGCUUAGGAAACAGUAUUACUUUUGCAUUUACUAAAUUACUGGUUAGGGAUUUUUCUAUAAGUUUAAAACAUUUUUAAACCAUUCUAAGUUCUAAACUGACCCGUAAAUUUUCCCCACUGUUUGUGCUACAGAUAUUAACUUCAAAUCACAUGGCUUAUUGAAAAGAUGUGUGCUUUUUUCUAAAUGAUCGGUCUUAUCAAUCACAUAGCAACACCUUGGCAACCACUUACAACACCAGCACACAGCAAAACACAACAGCAUUGUGGUGGCGAGUUUUGCACGGAGAAGCACCUCUCACAUUUUCUUCAGAAUAUGUCAAAAUCUAAAAUAUAUAAAUACUCUUGUCUAACAUCAAGGGACAUUUCAAGUUACAGUGGUGUUGUAAACAGAGAAUUUAUAUGUGACAAGAGAUUUUAAUAACCAAAAUAAGCCAUGUCUGUUAUUUAAUCAACAAAAUGGCUGCUCUUGUUUUCUUGUUGUUCUGAAAUUGAAUGUUGUUUUAGGGUAAUUACAGAUGGCUUGUAAUACCAUUAGAGUGCCUGUUAAACAACAUUUACACAAUGCACCCCCCUCCCUUGCUCUCACAAAAGUGUGUAAUGUAGGAUUAGUGGAUCCUCCCUCAAGCUUUGAAUGACAUGAAGAUAAUUUCUCAAUAGAAGUAAUGACUAAUGGGGGUUUAUCUGUUCAUAUGUGAAGAGCAUGAGACUGCCGAGCUGUGAUGGCAAAAGCCUUGCUUUCCCUGUCAGGACCUGGAUUGAAACAAAUUGGCACCCCAGGCAAAAUCCAAGCUUGAUAACGAUGAGUAGGUGAAUUUAAAUUUCCAUUUUGUUUCCUGAAGUUACACUAAUAAAGGUAGU